AUGAAGUUGGUGACGCAUAGCGAAAGAUUCCACUAUGAUGAGAUUCUUGCAACCUGUAUACUUCUUCGAAUAUAUCCUGACGCUGAGGUUGUGAGGACAAGAGACGAUGCCCUGAUUGAGCAAGGAGACAUAGUCUAUGACGUCGGGAAGGUGUUUGAUCCAAAGAUCGGAAGGUUUGACCAUCACCAAAGAACAUUUUCCGAGACAUUUUCACCCAAGUAUGACGUCAAGCUCAGCAGCAGCGGGCUGAUCUUUAAGUAUUUUCACAAGAAAUUCCUGUCUCUGUAUGGAAUAGAGGAUUCCUGCGAAAUAUACGGUAUAGUGGUAGACAAGAUAUAUUCGGAGUUUUUUUUGUAUGCAGAUGCUAUAGACAACGGACAGGACAUACAUGGAUCAAUAAGGCCUCGGACUGUCCCUGAUUUGGUUGGGCUAUUUAAUGUAGAUGUUCCAGACGAGGAGUUAGAGAGCAAGGGAUUCCGUAAAGCACUAGAAAUUGUAAGCAUGGAUCUGGAUAAUUAUAUGAAAAGAGCCAAAAUGUGGAUUGAUAAUUACGAGUAUGUUGAAAGAAAAGUAAGGGAGACGAAUGGGCCCAUACUCAUGCUUGAUAAGCAUUAUAGCACAGACUUGGUGCUAGAAGUUGAGAGCCGGAAUGAUAAGGAUUUCAAGUUCAUGGUCUUUCCUCAUAGAAAUGCUUAUAGAAUAAUUGCCAUUCCAAAAUGCAAAGGAUCAUUUGAAACAAAAAACCCUCUUAAGGAAGAAUGGAGAGGGCUUGUGAAUGAAGAGCUAGUGAAGGUAUCUGGGAUCGAAGGAUGCAUAUUUGUGCAUUCUUCUGGAUUUUUGGGGAUUAAUAAGACGCUCGAAAAUGCUCUGAAGAUGUGUGAAGAAUCUCUUUUCAAUAGGAGUGGUUGA